CCUCUACCUUCCAGGUCUGCUGCAAGAUUGGGCUACGUGACUUGCUUCACCACCCCAAAUACUGCUGUAAAAAGACAUCCUAGCACAUAAAAUUUCAGAUUUAGAGUGUUAAAUGAUCACGUCACAAAGUCGACAUCUUUACACCAAAUCAGAUUGCUGGGCGAAAGUACUUAGAGCGUCAUUGCUUCUGGAUCAAGAUUAGAGCUCACCUCCCCCGAUCUGUUCAGUUCUCAAUAAAGGUUUCAAGAGUAAGUAAGGUCUUCGAUCUCUUGGCGUUUGCUCAUGCAGCGAGUGCUCUCUACAACAUGAGCACCGCUUUAUCUUGCCAAGAUGUGAGCUUUGUAGGGGGCCAGCGUUACGACGGCCCCUAUUCCAUCAUGACGUCACUGGAUAGUGUUGACGUUUCCAGGGAAACACUUGACUCUUAUUGGUCCGCUGGUCCCCUGGACAACACAGCUUGCCAGCACGAGCCUCCCCAGCAGGAUACCAUCAAUCUUUUGAAUUAUGUGACAGAAUCUAGCCCUCACUGGACUGAUCUUUCACCACAACUUUUGAGAAACAAGCAGCUUCAGGAUAUACUUUUGCAAAGAGAAGAAGAGCUGGCACGGUUGCAUGAAGAAAAUAACAAGCUUAAAGAAUUUCUGAAUUCUUCAUUUGUGAAAUGCUUGGAAGAGAAAACAAAGAUAGUACUAUCUGCUCAGACAGGAUAUGCCAAAAAGAGCAAAAAACGGACACGCGAGGAUGAAGGAAGAUUAUAUCCCAGCCAUUUUUUUUCUGCCACUCAGGGUAAACGAACACUUCAAAACCUCUCUUUGGAUUUCUGCCCCACAGAGGAGCGGGCUGCUGCCCCACCUACCAGCCCCUGCCUUCUGCAGACUCUACCUUUGAGGAAUCAGGACUCAAUUGACUCAUCCAAAUUCAACACCAGUAGUGACCCUUGCAUUUACAGGAGCCCCACAGUCAGUCCUUCAUCUCAUUGCGAUUCCGGGGUUAACAGUGACCCUUCCAGCUUCUUCAACUCCCCAGCUAACCACUAUUCUACCUACAGUGUCGACAUAAAUUCAUUGCCACAUGGCAAUGUCAUCAAUACUGAAAUCCAGCAAGCCGCACAGCCAGAUUUCCUGUUUAAAUCUGAUGAUCUGGAGAACUACAACCUGGUAUCAACAGCCUUGCUAGAAGUCCACACUCCAUACUGCCUCAAAUCUAAUAAUACACCACAGACACAUCAUCGUCUUCUAGGGAGCAACAUUGCUCAGUGCUCCUCCCCAUACACUCCCCAGGGCAGGACAGAUUUAGCCUUCACCAUGUCCUUGAACCCUUCCAGUGGUGUGAGGACGCACAGUUAUCCUCAGGGACAAGCUUUUGUCAGAAGAGACACACAUGGGGGCUGGAACUUUACAUGGAUACCCAAACAUGUGCACUAGCUGUGUGUCACUAUACACACAAAACAACAAAAGACAUACAAGCAAAGGAUACAACUAUAAAAAAAGGAUACAACUAUUAAAAAAAAAACUGUUUUCAACGCUGGUCUUAGCAAUUCUGUUUGAGGAAU